AUGCCAACCAUAAUUUUAUAUACGGAAGAUAUUAAACCCUCCGGAGAAUAUGAUUACAAAUCCGAUGAAGAGGGCGAUAAAACGACUCACUUUGACGACAUGCAAUUAAAGCAAGAAUCGAAUGAUGAGAAUGCAUAUAUAUUGCAAUCUUUUGAUGAACUUGUUCAAAGAGCAGACUGUAAAAUUUUUAGUCCCAAAAGACCUGUUUGUAACUUUGAUGACCAAAAAUCUUUAAGCAACUCCGACAUAAGUCCUGCUAACGACGUUGCUUCAAAGGAUGAUAAUGCCGCUCGAUCCGUAAUUGAACUCGAUGUUAGCGACUCGGAAACUAAAGAACAUUCUAACAUUUCUAGUCUAUUUUUCGUUACUCUUAAAGAAAUCGAAGAUAGCCUCAAGGCUGAGGACGCCCUAAAAUCUGAGAAGGAAAGCAGAGCUAAAUUAGAACGUCUACAUGAGCUGCAACAAGAGAUCUCGAAGUCAAGCUUUGCGCUUAUGGAUGUGGUUGGACAAUUUAACUUGGGUUUUAUUAUAUGCAAAUUAGAUAGCGAUUUAUUCAUAAUCGAUCAGCACGCCACAGAUGAGAAAUAUAAUUUUGAAAUGUUACUACGCACGACACAUUUGCAAUAUCAAAACUUAGCCAUACCUCAAAUGCUGGAACUAACCGCUGUCAAUGAAAUGACGCUCAUAGAAAAUUUACCGGUGUUCGAAAAGAAUGGUUUUAAAUUUAGCAUCAAUUCAAAUGCGCGUCCAACCAAAAAGGUAAGCCUAUUAGGCAAACUGUUUAGUAAGAACUGGGAGUUUGCUAAAGAGGAUAUAGAUAAAUUAAUAUUUAUGUUACAAGAUGCUCCCGAGGGUACUGUAUGUCGUUCCUCGCGCAUUAGUGCCAUGUUUGCUUCAAGAGCUUGCCGCAAGUCCAUUAUGAUAGGAACAGCUUUAAAAAAAUCCACAAUAAAACAACUCGUACAACAUAUGGGUGAAAUGGAGCAGCCUUGGGUAAACUUUAAAUGA